AUAUCACCAUAAUCCGUCCGGCCAAAAUUAUCCUGUACGUGUACGCUAUCUCCACGCUCAUUUGAAGUGAAAUCGGAACACGCUUUAACGUUAGACGACCAUCCCCGUUGACGUUGGAAUUCUCAGACAUCCUCUGCUCCACUCUCACUUGUAUAUAUAUAUACUCCAACUUGCCCUAAUUUCAUUGAAAAUAUAUACCCAAUUAUAUUCCAUGCAACCCCAAAAAGUGCCAACUAACCCACUUUCACAAUCACCAAAUUGAAAUCUCACGACACUAUUUCUUGAUUCUCCGAUGGAGCGCAACGAGGAGGCGCCGGCGCCGGCGGUGAAGUACAAGGGAGUGAGGAAGAGGAAAUGGGGGAAAUGGGUGUCGGAGAUACGGCUACCCAACAGCCGGGAGAGGAUAUGGUUGGGGUCUUACAACACGGCGGAGAAAGCGGCCAGGGCUUUCGACGUCGCCCAGUUUUGCCUGCGCGGCCCCACCGCUCAGCUCAACUUUCCCGACGACCCCCCUGACGUUCCCGGCUGGCAGACGUUCACCCCGCCGGAGAUACAAGACGUCGCCGCCCAGUACGGCAGCGACUACGCCCGACCGCCACCUGCGAAUAUUGCUGCUGUCGGGCAGGAACAGGGAAAUAACGAAGAAGAAAUAACGCACGUGAUGGAUUUGGAUGACACGUCACCCUCCUCGACCUCCGAAGGUGCGAUACAAAUGGGAGAUAUUGAUUGGUCGUUUUUUGACGCUCUGGAUGGGGCUACUACUUGUAACGAUUUUGGUCUAUUCUCAGGUGAUAUCUACAUGCCACCACAACCACAUCCUUCACCGCCGCCGCCACCACCGCCAGCCACUGAUCACGAUAAUGAAACCCAUUUUUCUCACUCAUCUUUCUUAUGGAACUUCUAGCGUCAUAUAUAUAUAUAUACUAGCUCACUCACCUCGCUGCUAUCAACAAUAUAAUAUAAUAUAAUGCCGAAUAACACAUACACACAAACAAACAAACAUAUAUAUAUAUAUAUAAGUGAUGCUAUAAAUAUUUUCUGUAUUUUACCUAAAAACUUCCCUCUUUGAGGUGACAUUAUA